CUCUGAAAGCAAUAGGCGAAUAUGAAGACCUUAGAGCAGAGAACCAGAAAACAAAGGAGAAGUGCGAAAAAAUCAGACAAGAACGAGAUGAAGCGGUUAAAAAAUUGGAGGAAUUUCAGAAAAUUUCUCACAUGGUCAUAGAGGAAGUUAAUUUUAUGCAGAACAAUCUUGAAAUAGAGAAGACGUGUCGAGAAAGUGCUGAAGCUCUGGCAACAAAGUUAAAUAAAGAAAAUAAAACACUGAAAAGAAUCAGCAUGUUAUACAUGGCCAAGCUGGGACCAGAUGUGAUAACGGAAGAAAUAAAUAUCGACGAGGAAGACUCCGGGGUGGACCCAGAGGGCGCGGCGGAGACCUGUAUCUCAGUGCAUUGUCAGAAGCAAAUCAAAGAACUUCGAGAUCAAAUCAUAUCUACUCAAGAAGAAAAGAAAAUAUUGUCCAUUGAACUGGAAAAUGUCAAGAGUAAACUGGUAGAAGUAACUGAAGAGGUAAAUAAAGUUAAACAAGAAAAAGCUGCUUUAAAUUCAGAAGUUCUUGAACAGAGAAAAGUCUUAGAAAAAUGCAAUAGAGUGUCCAUGUUAGCAGUAGAAGAAUACGAGGAUAUGCAAAUAAACUUGGAACUAGAGAAGGACCUUCGAAAGAAGGCAGAGUCAUUUGCACAAGAGAUGUUCAUUGAACAAAACAAGCUAAAGAGACAAAGCCACCUUCUGCUACAGAGCUCUGCUCCUGACCAGCAGCUUUUGAAAGCUUUAAAUGAAAAUGCAAAACUCACCCAGCUCCUUGAAGAAGAGAGAAUUCAGCAUCAACAAAAGGUCAAAGAAUUAGAACGACAGCUAGAACAUGAAACACUCAACAAAGAGAUACACAACCUCAAACAGCAGCUGGAGCUUCUAGAAGAAGAUAAAAAAGAACUGGAAUUGAAGUAUCAGAAUGCUGAGGAGAAAUCCAGAAACUUAAAGCACUCUGUUGACGAACUCCAGAAACGGGUGAACCAGUCUGAGAAUUCAGUGCCUCCACCACCCCCUCCUCCACCGCCACUCCCCCCUCCACCUCCCAACCCUAUCAGAUCCCUCAUGUCCAUGAUCCGGAAGCGGUCCCACCCCGGCGGCAGUGGUGCUAAGAAGGAAAAGGCAGCUCAGCCAGAAGCAACUGAAGAAGUCACGGAUCUGAAGAGGCAAGCAGUGGAAGAGAUGAUGGACAGAAUUAAAAAGGGCGUUCACCUGAGACCGGUGAAUCAGACCACCAGGCCUAAGGCGAAGCCAGAAUCUUCAAAAGGCUCUGAAAGUGCAGUGAAUGAACUCAAAGGAAUACUGGGGGCACUUAACAAAUCCACUAGUUCCAGAAGCUUAAAAUCCCUUCACACUGAAAACAGUGAAACUGAGUUAGAAAGGAUUCUGCGUCGCAGAAAGGUGACAGCAGAAGCGGAUAGCAGUAGUCCAACCGGGAUAUUAGCCACCUCAGAGUCCAAAUCCAUGCCUGUGUUGGGUUCUGUAUCCAGAACAGCCUUGAACAAGAAAACUCUGGAGGCAGAAUUCAACAGCCAGUACCCCCCAACACCUGAGCCAGGUGAAGGGUCGUGUAAUUUGGAAGGAUGUGCAAGUCCCAAGGUUGCGUUUCAGCUUCCCAGUAAAGCUGGAUUCAGCAAACCGAGCACUGACGGUGAAAAACAAGCUGAACCAGUUGUCAUUUUAGAUCCUGUUUCCACACACGAAGCCCAAACCAAAGACCAGGUUGUUGAAAAAGAUCCAGCUCAACGCAAGGAGGGUGAAGAUGAUGCGAAGCCAGAGGACAAAGAAGAAAGCAUUGAAAAGACGAGAGACAUAGACAGCUCUCACUGCUGACGGGGAAACGAGCAAGCACAAGGCUGAUGUGUCUGGAGUCCUUUUCAAUCAGCACAGGACUGGCUUGGGUGCACCAGCAAGGCCUGCAGCACUCUCUUCUUGCAGUGUGUUCAGAGCACAGGCUCUUUCCUCCAGUCACUUUUGUAAGUAGUUCAGCUGUAUACAUAAGUCAGUUGUUUAGCAAAGUACACAUUCUAGUAGUUUUUGGUUUUUGAUCUUAUAGGGAUAAGGUUUUUCCUAGUUACUGUAUUAAGUGUGACUGCCCUUAGAAGAUGACAGAACAAUUCAGAGGAUGAUGCCUUUUUAGGUGAUGUGCAGACCACUCAUCAGAUGAAUUACGGAAAGUUUGCAGCACUUGUGAAUAAUGGGUCGAUGGAACUGACAGACUUAAGAGGGUCUAAAGAUUUCUGAAGGAAGCUUUUGUUUGGGGUCUGAUGCUCUUUUGAUGGAGAAACUGCAGCGGCAGGGAAAUUGUUAGGCACCAUGACAUACAAGUUACUUCCUAGGAUGUACUGAGAUACGCUUCAAAAAUUCAGGAGCUGCCAUCCAACAAGCCGUCCCAAAGCCAGCGUUAAUUAUUCACACUGGCGGCGAUGAGCUGGGAAGUACAUGUUACUGGUUGUGUCCAGAGUUCCCCAAGGACUUUGGCGGGACCGCCCUAGUGGCUUGACUGGAGAAUCAAAGUGAACGGUGAGCCUUGGAAUUUAAGAGUAGUAUCUGAGUCACCCAGGAGCCCAGCACCAGGAGUUAAUUAUGGCACAAGUACCAGAUUUUGUUAACAGUUCUCAUGUACAGUGAAGAUAAGUGACAACCACAGUUUCUUUGCUUCACUGCUGUUUUACAUGACACAGGCUUGUUGUUGUCUUUUUUAAGAAAUUAAGUGGUAGUUAGUCUUUAAAAAUACAAUAUUGCAAACUACCACAGUGACUAAAUAGAAAUGUAAUCAGGGAUUUUUUUUUAACGUGUGCAGCUUUUCAGAGUUGAUUGUUUCAAAAUUGGUGUUUAUUUAAAAUAAGUGGUAAUGCACUUGAAUGCAUUUUUUUCAUGACAAUGAUUCAGUAAUGGUAAUUUUACUAUUAAAGGGAGGAAAAGGCUUGGUUUUGUUAGCACGGCUCAGCAUGUAGCUGUCAGGUGUUUCUCACCUAAGGGCACAAGAAAAUGAUAGUAAUAAUUGCAGUUGUAUUUUAUUUUUGCACGUGCACUAAGGCUCCAGAGGGAGGCAGGGAAAUGUGCUUCCUAAAUUUGGAGAUGAUUAUCUUGCUAUAAGUUUGCUAUGCUUGACUGUUUCCAUGUUCUUCCAGUGAUGAUUCUACAGUUACUUAACAUUUACUCAUGGGGAGUUAAAACAAUGGUUUUCGAUUGUAAUUUUCCCAAAUUGAACAAUACCGCUAUAUGAUAUAGUAGCUACAAACUGCAUUGAUUCACCUAAAUGAGUUCUGAUAUGCUGUGAUUUGAACUCUCUGUACCACACUUAUUAAAAAGCACCACGAGUUUUCCAUUCAAGGCCAAUUGUGGUUAUUGACAUUUUGGUUUAGCUUCCCAAACUGGACAUUGUUUGAUAAGAAAAUCAUAACGGAGUUGACCACUUUAGCAGUUUUGAGUAAGUCACAACGUGGUUUGUUUGAGGGAAUUUUAUUUUGUGUUUCUUCGGCCUCUCCUUCCUGGUCAUGUGUCUGCACGGUUAGAAAGACUCAUGUGCUUGUCAUUUGUUAUUUCCUCAUGUGAUCAAGCGGCUACAGCUGCUACAUACACCCUCAAGUCCAGGGUGAGAAAUUAACCAUUUGGUGAGAUGUGUUGGCUGAACAGACAGCGGUAACUUGUAUUGUGCAAAUGUGCCCGCCUUUCUAAGCCGCUGUCUGGCCUUCUGCAAAGUAUUGCAACUCAAUUUGAUAUGCGUAUUUGGUGGAGACUGUUCUUCACCUUUUUCUGAGUAAUUUUUAUAAUAAUAAUCCAUGCCCUACAGUUUUUCCCUUUUCACCUAAGUUUUGAGAAAGUUUGCCCAGUUGGGGUGCGUGGCCAACCGCAGUCUGGGGAGGGAGAGCUUACCUGCAAGUUCUUAGCUCUUUGCACCACCUACAUGGCUGUGUAGUUGCAAGGGAACACCAUCUGUCUGGUUUGCUUUCUCUACAUGAUAAUUGAGUUUUCCUUCUGACUUGGAAAUGUGAAUCAUGGCUUAUCCACCACAGGGCUUUUGUAACUAAUGUUGAUGCACUUUUAUAACUAGUGAGGCAUAAGGAAAGAUGUACUUUAUGCUCUUGCUGUUCAAAAAAGAGACAGAAAAUGUCUCGAUUUUCUGAGAGAAUAAAAACUUAAUUGAAAUUCUAGCUGCCUUUUGUGACUGAGCUAGUUUCAAAUGAGCCCCUCCCCCACAGCAGCUCACGGGUGACCUGGAGGAGCUCUGAGUGUCAGGGCCGCCAGGCUCCCACACAGCCUCUGCUGGCCUGAAUGAAGGUGCUGUUCGCUCCUCACGGGUCAUCCCUCCCAGCUGCCCUUCUCAUUAACAGUUGCCUGUCAGUAGAGCAGUACAGGUAAAAGUUAUUGUUGAUUAUCUCUCCAGGCAGUUUUAUACUCUACAUCACAGGCUCUUGAAAACAAACUUCAGUUGAUUUUCUAAAUGCACAGUCUUCUCAGUGUCGUCAUGGAACAACCUCCAUUCACAUGGCAGUGAUUUGACAGCAGCUACCACUGGCCUACAAGGCACAUCAGGCAGGGGUUGGACUGGUUUAAAGUUUCUCCCAAGGCUGAUGUUUCUCAGUCCCACGGUCAGCUUAUAAUAUGGGACAUGAUUCAUCAUGUCUUUCAUCUCUGGUGAAUGAUAUCUUACAGGUAGUAUUUACCUUAUAUUUUAUGUCUAUUAUAUGACAUAUGGAUGUAUACAGAGAGAGAAAAUUAAAACAGUCUUUGUCACGCUAUGAUGUUUAAGUUCAAAUGCUCCUGCCCAUUGGUGACCCCAGGCCUCCCCUGAGAUGAGGGUGAAUCGGCUGUGCUGUGCAUUGAGAUUAAAGUGCUGACCUGGGGACAGUAGUAAGUUACCUCUUUGGUUAACUUAACUUAGCUACUCAGUUGUACUUAGCUGUACAUUGUUGUUGUUCUGGUUUCACGAACUGCAGUUUGCACCAGCGUUCAGAGGCACAUUCUGAGCGACCAUACCCCUUAUUUUGUGCAUCUGUGUCUGUAUGCCUGUGCCAGGCCGUGCGGACAGCCGGUCGUGCUCCUCUUGUCUUUAAAAUGAGUUUUGUUUCCGGUGUCUCACGUCCCGCUGCUCGUUGUUAAGUGUCAGGACGGGCGCACAGACUGACCCGGUUGUCCCAACGUAAAGUGGUGCAGCCAGUGUUGCCCAUGCCCCGAGGGCAUUCGCCACCAGCCAGUCGGGGCCAUGCUUGGAGAGCAAGGCCCUGGCUCCCCAUGGCCAUGAAGUUCGCUCCUUAGCAUUCAUCAAAAGGAGAAAUGCUCGGUGUGCUUGGUUCAAACGUUAUGAAGUGCAGAAGUCUAAGCUCGGCCUGCUUUGCCACCGGGCGGCGCCUAGCAACUGGCUUCACUUUUGGGAAAGCAAACAGAAAGCUUUUUAACAGAAAGGAAAUCGCAUAAAGCAUUUGGACAUGAUUACAGCUAUAGGUAUGUGUUUGAAUAUGUCUACUUCUGCUGUGACUCCAAUACUGGCUGACAGCAGAGGUGGUUCAGUCAACCUAUAGGUUGGAUUGCUUUAAAUCAGCUCUUCAAUGCUGUUGUGUGAGGAUUGGGGCACUUAUCAGAUCCUCCCUGGUGGAACAAUGGGUUAGGAUGCAGCACUGCAAGCUGGCCAC